UUAAUACUGACGAGUCAAUGCCAUCAGAUGAUAUAAACAAACACAUUUACAUAGAAUAAUUUUAGUUGACUACCAUGAACGUCUUUAGACGGGCUGUUAUAUUUUUUAUAGUUUUUUUGUUAGCUAUUGUUGAAAUCACAACACAAGUAUUACCAAACUCUCCUUGUCCAGACGUCUUUCAGUACCAAACUGAUCCGAAUGGUUAUGUUUAUGGGAGAAUCAGUAUACCGUACGAUGGAAGCAGCGAUUUACUUUUGGGAGUUAACGCCUCCAUGAAGGGUUAUUAUAGUGAUAAUAAUAAAGUGAAACUAAUUAUAAAAAUGGUAACACAAGGUCAGAAUCUUAUCCAACGAACGACGAGCACCGUAAAUUAUGACGUUCGCUUUCCAAUACAAAAUGCUAUUCCAAAAAUCACCAAGAUCCGAUUUAACCAACAAGAUUUCUGCUCAGGACCUCCGGAAGACUUGAUUCCCGGAAGCCCUGGAGUGACAAGCCUCUGGUCUGGACAUCACUACUAUUUUCACACUUUAAACGAGAAUUCUCCCGUUCCUUCUUUUGAACCUCAUAUCGACAAUUCGAACAAAAAUGUGUAUAAUGCUCAAGACGACAGGGCUUCUUCACCAAAACCAGAAAUGACGCAGAUCGCCACAUUUCCACCCACCCAAAAAGUCCAAGAAUGCGGUGUAAGUAAGAUCAAACACAUACCUCUUAUCGUAGGGGGGAAAGAGGUUAGUGAUGGUAUGUUUCCUUGGUUAGCUGCCAUGUUUACUAGCAGCGGAAAUGGUUAUGAGUACAAGUGCGUCGCCAAUUUGAUUUCGGAUAGGCAUGUAAUUACCGCUGCCAGAUGCGUGAACCUCCAUAGACUUCAAGUCGUAAAAACAGAAGAUAUUUUAUUUGUUUUUGGAAAAAGCAACCUAAGAUACUGGGCGACCAGCGGCGCUGUUACAAGAGGAGCAUCGGAGGUUCACACUAAUCCAGAAUUUAACUCCAACUCUGGCCAUGGGGAUGUUACAAUAAUAACGUUGGAUAGGCCUGUAGAGUUUUCAGGCACCAUUUCCCCAAUAUGCUUGUGGGAGGGUGGUAAUGAAUUAGACCAUAUUAUAAAUAGAACUGGAACAGUGGCUGGAUGGGGAGCAGAUGAAAUUGCACAAAAGAACCAUAAGUUUAGUAUUUCUGAAGCAAAAUCUGUGGAUAUGCCAGUGGUGUCUCAGGAUAGUUGCUUGUUUUCCAACUUUUCGUAUCUUACCUUGACUUCAGAUAUAACAUUUUGUGCGGGUGAACGGGAUGGUAGUGGUACCUGUAUAGGAGACAGUGGCGCCGGCUUUAUGAUGGUUAAAAAUGGAAAAUUCUAUCUCCGAGGCUUAGCUUCACUGGUUUUAAGUGAUAAAGGAAAAUGUGAUCUUGCUAAUUUUAUGGUUUUCUGUGAUGUGGGAAAACUUACGGACUGGAUAAGACAGUUUAUAAACAGUUAAUUAAUGUAACUAUACUAGUAUAUGCUAUAUUUCACUAGUAUGUAUAUAUUAUAUGUGCCAAAUAUAUUGCCAUUCUAAGAUAAAGAACUAGUGAAAUCAGAAUAUGCCUUUGAAAAUUAUUAAUAAAAAUUUUGAGACUA